AUGCAUCUCGCUUCUUACAGCGCCUAUGAGAAAGCCACAGAUACUCUACGUCGUCAGGAUAGAGUUCUUCGACUGCUUUUUCCUAAUUUCUCCUUGGACGAAUUGGUUGAAAAGGAUCGAUCGGAACUCAUUCUGCUAUUGUCGCGCGACUCAGCAGAAGACGGACCCUCGGAUCACCAUAGUGACGCGCUCCCUGUCGAUAGAUCAUCCGCUAUUUCCGGCCGACUUGAAGAUCCGCAUGACUCACCGGAGGAGUCUGAUAGGGGAGAAUCGGGAGAGGAAAGGUGCUGGGACGAGUCUGCGCACAACCCCGCCACCAUUGCGGCUAGCGACGAUAUCAAUGCAAUCAGUCUGGCGGGCGACCGACAUCGCCGCUCAUAUCUGGGAAUAUGCUCCGUGAGUGCUGUUUUGCGGGCGUUGUUUCGACUUUGCCCUGCCGCGAAAGACCGCAUUGUGGAACAAUCGAAGAUUUUGCCCGGCAUCCAACAAGAGCUUAAUAGGCCCUCUAUUUUGAAUCCGCAUAUUGGGUUUCCGGUGCCGCCUGAUUCUAUACGAGAGCUGCGUUACAUUGGAUUUUACUUCGAGAAUAUUCAUGCCGUAACACCUUUCUUGCAUGAGGAAUCCUUUCGGGCGACCUUCGCUGCUGGCGAUCGCCAGACCCCGGCAUGGUUGGGUCUCUGCAAUAUGGUGCUCACAAUGGGUUCCAUUGCUUCGGGAAGUGACACUGCUCACAUAUACUAUUACGAUCGAGCCCGGUCCUACAUUGACCUGGACUCACUUGGAUCUGGUAACUUGGAAACUUUGCAAGCUCUAUGCCUGCUGGGCGGGUACUAUCUGCAUUACCGAAACUCCCCCAACAUGGCAUACGCGAUUCUCGGUGCUUCCCAACGGCUGGCCAUAGCAUUGGGGCUACAUAGAGAGUCCCCGACACGUGUCGAUCACCAGGAUCCUGAUGUUGCCCAACGCCACGCCGUUCGGCUCGAAAGUAGACGGCGUACUUGGUGGAGUCUGUACUGCCUUGACACAUGGGCUAGUAUGACACUAGGUCGUCCUACGUGUGGACGCUGGGAUAGUACCACGAUGAACACGUCAUUGCCCACUCCUCUUGAUUCCGACGAUCAUUUUGCGGCCUCUUUGAGAGCUAGCACCCAGUUCUGCCAUAUUAGCAACCGUCUCCAGCAUCGUUUCGCCCAAACCACCAGGAUUAGUAUAUCGGAAGCUCAAAGCCUUGAUCACGAACUUCAAGAGUGGUAUCGGUCACUAUCCCCCAUUCUCAAGGAGACCAUGAAUACGCCACCUCGCAUAACCAUGGCGCGCGAGUUCCUACGCAAUAGAUAUCAUAACGUGCGUCUAAUGCUGUCCCGGUGCUUUCUUCUCUACAAGGCGUAUGGAGAUCCUGAAAGACACUGCAUGGGUCAAGCAGAAGAGCAGAUGGCCGACCUCUGCCGUGCAACAGCUGCGGAGGCUAUCGAUGCGAUUGCGCUUCAUUGGGUUCCCAAUCGAACGCAGGUCUGGAACUCUGCUUGGUAUCUGUUCCAAGCUUGCAUGGUUCCCCUCCUUUCUAUUGCUAUGGCUGCAUCCUUCAACGGAGCACUUGGUUCCAACGACGUCAUAUCCUCGUAUUCAAGCUUAAACAAAGCGCUUGAAAUCUUUGCAGAAAUGAGACCUUGGAUGCGGGCGUCUGACUGUGCUGCAGACAUCGUGGCUGUCCUAUUUCAGGCAGUUUCUCAGGGUGCCGAGGGGACCGAGCGUACGCCGUCGGUGAUUGACGGAGGGUCUCAUCUGUUCGGUUGGGACGAUGAAAUUUUGACGGAUAUGGACUGGAGCAUGAUUUUCAGUGACGAGAACAUAUCGCAAAGCUUAUUUUCAUUGACAUGA